CCGAUUCCACAUUCCACUGGCCGGGUCACUUUUACAGCCUUGUCUCCUUCUCGACACACUCUUCAUUGGUAAAUUGAGGUGAACAGACCUUUAAACUUCAUCAUGUACUGCACACGACUCAUCGCACCGGUUGCCAGAUCCACCUUAGUGGCUGGAACCAAGAGUUACCUUCGGCCGAUGAGCAGCGCAGUCGCGCAACUCAACCAAAGUCAAUCGGUUCAGGAGAAUCAAAGGCUGAUUCCAACCAGUGUCUCCUUGUCACCAAUUGUGCGUAAUUUCCAAACUUCCUCGAUCAGCCGUGACAUUGACACGGCAGCGAAAUUCAUUGGUGCUGGAGCCGCAACUGUUGGUGUUGCAGGAUCAGGAGCUGGAAUUGGAUCUGUAUUCGGAUCAUUGAUCAUCGGAUACGCGAGGAAUCCAUCCUUGAAACAGCAAUUGUUCUCGUACGCAAUUUUGGGCUUCGCCCUGUCCGAGGCCAUGGGUCUUUUCUGCCUUAUGAUGGCCUUCUUGCUCCUCUUCGCCUUCUAAGCUAUCAAAAACAUCCAUAACCAAAUACCGAUAGUUUUAGUGCGUCACUGCCAAGGCACAGCGUGGACGUCUCGCGUUUCUCAACAUCCAAAAACAGGGGGACAAAAUGAGACGACAGCUGUUCCUGGGUACGCGGGAGUUCAUGAGAUCAUUAGGAAGACCCGAUGAACCACUGGUCCGUGGGGGAGCGACGGUGUGACAAUGGACAUCAAAUUCAAAUUUAAAUAAGAGAAUUGAAAAUAAAAAUUACAAUUAGAAAACAAAAGGGGUCGUACACGUAUAUGUAAAAAAAAUAGAAGUCGUCAGACCGUCCCAGAAUUCCCCCUUUUUUAGAAAAAAUAAAUUCAACUUCUUAAUUGUUUCAUGGUCUACUGUAAUCGUGUAGCGUUAAAUUCACAAUUGUUAUAUAUAUAUAUAAAAUGAAAAGACAAAAGUUACAGGAAAAAAAAAUUCAUUGAAUGGUUAUAAAUAAUAAAUGUAAACGAGAAAAAAUAGGUAAUUCACUGGUUAGAGAUGAAAAUGGGGCCCCACUGUCUCACUAUUCAUAGUUCCAUUUUCUCUUCCGUAUAUACACACAUACACGCGCGCGCAUGUAUUUACUCGGUGCGCUAAUAACGUUGCGAGUAGUACAUUCUCACAUUUCUUCUUUUUUUUUGACACUCUUUUGUUACUCGAGCGAUUCAUCAUUGUUGUGCCGUCGCGUACGCACGUUGUUAAAGACAACUCUUGGCGAGGAAUCUGUACAGUGAUAUCGAAUAAACAUCUUUGUCGUGAGAAUUAA